CUUGUUUAAUGCAUAGUUGUUGCUAUAGGAAACGUUGGUUAAUUUUUCAUUUUUCCUCGAUUUGUUCUUAUUAUUUCUGCACGAGGAAGAUUUGAUUAACUUCCGAGUUACUUCUGGCAUACUUAUUGGAAGCUGCAAUAGGGGAGGAAAACAUCACCAGAAAAGCAAAUCAUUAGUAAAACCAUUCAGCAUGGGCUAAACUAAUAUUUACGUGUUGGCAAAGCAACCAAGUUUCCAAUAGCUAUCAAAGGAGUUGAGGGAAUUAUAAAACAACCUCAUUUCAACAUAUUUUUUCCAAUAUAUAUUAGCUUGUGACCAAUCUGAAAACAGUGGCAAUAAUCACUAGUUGGCUGUUAAUUUUACACUGUUAAUGCAAUAAAGUAGUAAUGGGGACAUAGCUUCACAACACAGUUUCUAUGGUUCUGGAAGUAAGCAGAAUGCAGAAUGGUUAUUCGUCCGAGGAUAGUCCGGGCGACAGGAAUGGGAACGGACUGGAGGGCGAGGAACAACAUGAAACCAAGGUCACUCCGUUUGAGCGUCUGUCACAUGACCUCAACGAUGACCCAAAGGUGUUGAAGGAGAUCACAUUGGGCAAGCGGAUUGGCUUCUACAGGAUCCGGGGCGAGCUUGGUAGUGGCAACUUCUCCCAGGUCAAAAUGGGCAUUCAUGCUCUCACUAAAGAGAAGGUGGCCAUCAAGAUCCUGGACAAGACCAAGCUUGACCAGAAGACACAGAGGUUGCUUUCGCGCGAGAUAUCAAGCAUGGAGCGACUACAUCACCCAAACAUCAUACGUCUGUAUGAGGUGGUAGAGACGCUUGCCAAGCUGCACAUUGUGAUGGAGUAUGCAGGGGGUGGGGAACUGUUCACAAAGAUCUCAAAUGAGGGUAAACUUCCGGAGCCGGAGGCCCGACAUAUCUUCUCCCAGGUUGCCGCCGCAAUGGAACAUAUGCACAGUCAAAACAUCAUCCAUCGAGACUUAAAGGCUGAGAAUGUGUUUUAUGCAGGAAACAGGUCCGUGAAGAUUGGUGACUUUGGUUUUAGCACAUACACUAUGCCAGACUCCUUGUUAAACACAUUCUGUGGAUCUCCACCCUAUGCAGCCCCUGAACUCUUCAAGGAUGAGAGUUACAUUGGGGCGUAUGUCGAUAUAUGGGCCAUGGGAAUAAUGUUGUACUUCAUUGUGACAGGAAUCAUGCCGUUUAGGGCUGACACUGUGGCCAAGUUGAAAAAGUGCAUUCUGGAUGGCAGUUACAUUAUACCGUCCUAUGUGUCGGACAGCUGUCAGUUUCUGAUACGAAGUACUUUAAAGGCUGUGCCCCAGGAUCGCUUUACAAUCCAGGAGAUAAAAGACUCGGAGUGGCUGGAAUCCCAGGAUUUCCCACAGGCCCUGGAACCAUUCAGUGUGUACCCCAGUCUUUCCGGUGCUAAUAUCAGCGAUGAAGAACGCGAUGCUAGAAAAGUGCUCAAUGACUUGGGAAUCACAGACACCCAUUUUAAACAGAACGGAUCUCGUGACUCUCGAUCUAGUGUUACAGGAACAUACCGGAUUGUGCUUCACCGGAUACACAAGCGUAGGCUGGGAAUUAGCGAGAGUAGCUCUUCAGAAAGCUUCAAGGCUACAGGAAACCAAACCUACUCUACGUCCGGCCGUGUCAAUCAUGCAUCUGCUCCUCCCGUUUCCAAACAAUCGUCUAAAUUGUGUACUAUUUUGUGAUCAAACUUUCCUGUGAUAGUAUUAUUUGUUUUUAAUAUGUUUUUUAGAUAAUAUUUUUGUACUACUGGGGUUAAUCAAAACUUAGACUAGCAUUGUUUGUUUCGCCUUGUUUUUUAUCAUGUUUACUGGAUAAACAUAUGGAUUUUGUAUGAUCAAAGAAUACUUUUUAAAAAGCAAUAGCUGUUUGUUUUAAUCACGUUAUAACCAUCUUGUUUUGAUGGUGCAAGCUUGCGAAAAGGAUAUAAUGGUUUUGAUAGCUAGAACAAGAUCAAAGUUAUGCAGGAUAAUUCAAUUUGCGUAGAAAGAAUUGUGAAUGCUGUAUAUUCUGGUUUUUACAGUCUAUCUUUCUUUGUUGCAUUUUUAUAUUAAUGUAAUCAGUUGUUAAAAGAACUAUAGUUCAUGGAACUUUGUCGAUGUGAUGAAUACUCAUAUAUAUGCAUAUUGGUGAGUGAUAUUAAUUUACCGGUGUGAAUUUCACAAUAUGAUAUUUUUCGAUGGUUUAAAAUUUUGGCCCACUUUCACUUCCAAAUCAAAUGUCAGUGCCCACAGAGUUGGGAUGCAAAUUCAACAACAUAAUUGCCAAAAGUUAUGUUGGCCCACAAUAUGGUACACUUUUCUGAAAAACUACAAUUAACUGUCAAUUUAUUUCCUUAAGACAUAUUUUAAGUAGUAAAAAAUUGUACGUUUGAGUGUAAGGUCGCAAUAUAUUUCACCCCUCGAGGCUUGAUAACGUCUAAAGUAAAUACUUCAUGUGGCUAAUUGCUAACUGGGUGAAUUUUAUUCCAAUCUUGCACAAAAACAAACAAUUUAUUGACAGGUUGAAUGAUAUAGCACCUGCAUUUGAACUAUUACAUCCUUGAUGCCUGCUUGUCACUAGUUUUAUCUUGUACUUGUACUAUUUUAUCAGUAUUGAAAAUAUUGGACGUAAAGUUAUCUUUAUUAUCAAGAAGAUAUGUCAUAAUAAGACAAAAGACUUAUGUCUGCUUGUAAGAGAAUCAUGUUGAACUGCGUUUUAGCAUUCAUGUCUUUUUGUUUUGUUUUAUAUAAAAUAUAUUAUCAUAUUCUUGGUGUUGUUAAUGAUAAAAAGGAUUGUACUUACAAAAGAAAAUUAGUGUGCAAAGCCUGAUCCUGUUAGAAGAAACUUAUGAUUGCUUGAGAUUGGGGCUAGAUUUUUUUUAAACAUCAACAUGGACCUUGGUAGCCAUGCUCAAUGCUACAUUACAUAUACAGAUGGGUGACGAGUCUCUUACCAAGGGUAACAUAUUUGAUGAGUUAAUUUAAUGUCCUUUGAAAGACUCAGGAAGUCAGAGGAGUGUUGGCAUUUGCUUGUGGUCUUCUUUUUUUCGUUUGUUAUUCAAUGCUUGUAUCAGUUAAUGUUUGUUAAACCUGCCAAACAGGUUAUUGUUAAGUUUCAUUUAAGUGAGUAAUUAAUAUUCAAUGUUUGUGACUCCAUGUCUAAGAAUGCUCAUGCGAGACAAUGAAGUUUGUGUUUGUUUUUUUCUGGUAUAUAUUAUUUGUUUUCUUUUAUAACAGUUUUCAAGAAACAUUGUGUGAAAGUAAGUUACUGAUAAUGUCCUUAAAAACAAAUCCAUUUAAGCUAGAAAUAGGAUAUAUAUGCAUCCAUAAACAACUGUUAAUGAACAUUGCAUUCAGGUGAUGUUAGUAACAUAAUUGUGUUUUAUGUUCUCAGUGUUUCUUGAAGAUAUUUAAUCCAGGAAUAUGAUAUUUGUCUGAUGUUUCAAAUUGAUUCCAUUAACCAUCAUGUUAUUAUUGUGUUGAUGCCCGAGAACCGGAUAUAAUUUUGGUAUCAUUAAAAGGGUAGUGCAUUCUGAUUACUAAUAUUUAAAAUACAUUUCAGAUAAAUAUAUUGAAUUCUGUUACUUUAACUGAAAUCAGACAGAAAAUGGCUUAUUUGGCGCUUUUUUCAAAGCCGAAAAAGUUUCUUUGUAAAAUUAUUCUCACUUAAGUUUUUACAUAUUCUCUCUUUUUUAAACAUUAACCCCCUUUAAAUAAUACCAGAAUAAUUUGUAAUAAUUGGGCAUCAAAUUUCAUAUGACUAAUGAUCUGUCCUGUUUUCAGGGAUUUAUUUUUUCGUAUAAUAAUGAAAUUCAUAAUAGAUCCACACAUAAUGCCGUUAAUAAAAAUGAUCUUAAAAAAUGAACAAACACACUUAGUCAUGAAUAACAGUAUUUUUUCAGAUAAUAUAUUUGUUUUACAAUUUUGAGAAUUGAUGUGUAUUAGGACUUUCAUUUGUUUUUCUGCCUCCCAAUUUUUAUCUUUCUGUUAAUUGUUAUGAACAACGUCGUUAUGUAAUUGCAUCUAUUUAGAGCUUUAGAUGUUUGAUUAGAAUGAUGUGUGUUUUCAGUUUUGUUUUCAUCCUAAUACCGUAUUCUUUCCUAGACAUCAACUAAGCUAAGCAUUUAUUUGGCAUGAUCUUACCCUAAUUUCUUGUAAUUUCAUAAGCAUAAUAUAAGCUUACCUUGUUUUUAAUGAAUAAAAAACAUUUUAUUGUGGUUAUCAAAAGGAUUAUUUCCUUUUAAAGUCUGAAAAACUCUUAAGAUUGUAAACAUUACACAAAUUAUACCAGAACAAACAAAUAAACAUAAUGUGUCUGGCUUCAUCUAUUAUUACAGACUUGAGAUGUUUCGAGAAAUAGGGACCUGAAGAUAGUCCCCUAUUUAUCCUAACAUCUGCAGCCUAACAAACUCAUGUAUAUUAUUUCAAUUAGCCAAAUUCUGUACUUAAAUUUGAUUACGAGUAAACAUGCAUAUCCUUGCCUAGAUAUGAACUUUACAGAAUGCUUUUAAGAUAAUCCAAACCGCGUGAUUAGUCUAGAAGGUUCUAUUCAAGCAUGCUAUUGAUUAACUUUAUUAAAGAAAAAAAACAUGUUUAAUUAUAGAAAGUUUGUAAAACUUGGAGAUUUUGACGUGAAAAAUUGAUAAUACCCCCAAAUGGAAUGAAUACAAAAAUUGUUGCCUUGUACCAAAUCAUGGUCUUUGUCUCAGUUCUGUGCAUAACACAUUGGUAUAUUUAGUUAUAAAAACAGCUAUACAUUGAAUUUAAAACCAUGUAUAUGUGCAUCAUUACUAGUUUGCCAUGCAAUGUAAGUGCUAUUGUUUACAGAGUAAUAUUUCUACAUUGUACAAGUCUUACAUGUAUCUAAGAGACAAACUACUUAUCAUUCUGCAUGAGCCACCUGGAAUUAUGGCGUCAAUGUUUAUUUCAUUAGCAUCAUGACACAAUUUUCUUUAAGCUUACUACAAUAGAAGUUAUUAUAUGAAGUAUAGUUGUGAUGAUAAAAAAUUGAUUGUUGACAAUUCUGUAAACUAGAUAUCAGUCUAGAGCUGUAUAACCUGGCUGUUAUCUAGAUAUCAGUCUAGAGCUGUAUAACCUAGCUGCCAACUAGAUAUCAGUCUAUAGUUGUAUUGCCUGGCUGUUAUCUAGAUUUCAAUCUAUAGCUGUAUAACCUAGCUGCCAACUAGAUAUCAGUCUAUAGUUGUAUUGCCUGGCUGUUAUCUAGAUAUCAGUCUAUAGCUGUAUAACCUGGCUGUUAUCUAGAUAUCAGUCUAUAGCUGUAUAACCUAGCUGCCAACUAGAUAUCAGUCUAUAGUUGUAUUGCCUGGCUGUUAUCUAGAUAUCAGUCAAUAGUUGUAUUGCCUGGCUGUUAUCUAGAUAUCAGUCUAUAGCUGUAUCGCCAGGCUGCCAACUAGAUAUCAGUCUAUAGCUAUACCAUCUGGCUUUGAUUUUGAUAUCAGUCUAGCUGUAUCACCUGGCUGUGAUCUAGAUAUCAGUCUAUAGCUGUAUCGCCUGGACACAAAUUAUACCUUUUAAUAAAGCAUGUUAAGCAUUAGCAAUAUGUUGUUAAUAGCAUCCAGCGAUUUGCCAUUUUUAUUUAUUUAGUAUGUACUUUUGUUGAUUAUACAUUACUUAUAUAGAUGAUUCGGAUGAUUAUGUGUUCAUUUCAGUGUUGACAAAU